AUGACCAUGGUUCCUUCUCAAACCAACAAAACUAAUAGUGAUUAUGUUUUCUACAACAAUACAACAAGUGAUAUGAACCACUUUCAAUUUGUUGAAGAUUACAACAACUACAAUAAUUGUUUAAGAUCUGAAUUUUUGUUCAAGCACAUGGCUGAAGAAGAAGAAUCCUUUUCAAGACUCAACACUCGUUAUAAUAACGAACCCGAACCCGAACUCGAACCUGAACCCAAACUAGAAACUAUUUCUACCUCAAAGGAAAACGAAGAACAAGAAAGAGAAUCAAACAACAACAAUAACACCAACAACUGGCUUCAAUUAAGCAUAGGUAACACCGUCCUGACAUCAACAACUACAAAACAUGACGUUGAUGUUGAUCACAGUCAAGCUCCAACAAACAGUUCAUGUCAGUUGGAGCUUGAACUGUUACCAACAAAUUGGACUUCAUCAAGGUCUGACUUAGAGCAACCUUCGACUAAAGAUUGCUCUAUGUUUUUCGAGCAAACAACUCCGUCUUCUUCUUCAUCGUCCAUGUCCAUGUCCAUGUCCAUGUCCAUGCCAGCCGGUCCAUCUUAUAGCCAUCAACAGCAUCUAGUCCCACAUAACUGGGCAUUUGGUCCAUUACUACCACAUUCUAUGGCAAUCAUGGCUCCUUCUACAUCUUAUAUCCCAUCUUCUUCUUCUUUUUCUUCGUCGCAAUCUUGUUCGUCUUUAAGACCUUCUUUAGGACCUAAUUAUUAUCCUCAAUAUCAUCAUGCAUCACCUUUUCAUUUCCCUUCAUCUUCUUCUUCUUCUGGAUUUGAUCAAUUUGAUAUUGCUGGACCUAGCUCAUCAUCUCAUCUCACUUUUCGCGUCGUCGAUCCUCCUCGUCGACCUCAUUCCGGAAUUUGGUUUAUGCUACAAGCCUCACAAAAUCAAGUGAAAGAACCAUUUUUGCCUCAAAUACCUAAGAAUUAUCUUAGAAUCAAAGAUGGAAGAAUGACAGUUAGGUUGCUAAUGAAGUAUCUGGUUAACAAACUCAAAUUGGAGAACGAAUCAGAGAUAGAGAUAACAUGCAAAGGACAACAACUUUUACCUUUCUUGACGUUGCAACAUGUGAGGGAUAAUAUUUGGACACCAAGGGACACAACAACAACAACAACAAGACCUUUGCUUUCAGAUUCCUCAACAACAGAUCAUGUAAUGGUGCUUCAUUACUCUAGAAGCACUUCUUAG